ACCUCACCAAAUAGAACUAUCAAGACCACCUGAAAGCUUUACCAGCAUCAGGCCAGUAACGUGGCCACCAAUUCACACCAUUCUUAAACUUGUGAUCAAUAGACCUAAGGAUGGGGAAAGCAGCUCCUUUUGUCUAUAACAAUAGUUUGAGUCCUACUUUCUAAACUCUUCCUCCUCAGACGUACUGAUCUCCUGCAAAGAGACAAUAGUUGGGGAGAUGCAGCCAUCUUGGUUAACAGGAGCUCAGAGGCAGAAAAAACGUGAUGGUGGUAGAAUCCAGCAUCAUCCACCUCAACACAAGAAGCUCCUGGGUCACCCUGCCAAUCAAGUAAAGAAGGAUUUUCAUUUAAGGAACCUUAUGUGAGAAAGUUGCCAACCUGCUUCACUGACUUUUUAGCUGAACUGCUUCUGAUACUUAGGUGCUGCCUCUUCUAAAGCCUGUAAGAGCCAAGACAACUCCCAGAAUGGAAGAAUACUCAGAGAUGUUUGGAGAUAUUAACCUCACUAUUGGGAUGCUGAGUAAAGAAGACAACAUUAGCAAGGAAGAAAUUUAUGGCCAUCUCACUUCUUUUAUUCAAAACGCUGACAUCUUGGAUGAUGCAAUAGUCCAAAGGUUGAUUUAUUACACUUCUAAGGACAUGAGGGAUGAGGAAAUGCCCAGAGAAGUCAGGAUGCUGGCUGGGGAGGUGUUGGUGUCUCUUGCUGCUCAUGAUUUCAACUCUGUGAUGUAUGAAGUGCAAAGUAACUUUAGGAUUCUAGAGCUGCCAAACGAAUUUGUUGUGCUUGCCCUGGCUGAACUGGCAACCAGCUAUGUGUCCCAGAGCAUCCCCUUCAUGAUGAUGACCCUGCUCACCAUGCAGACCAUGCUCAGGCUGGUAGAGGAUGAAAGUAUGAGGCAAACCUUCUGUAUAGCCCUUGAAAAAUUUAGCAAGUCCAUUUACAAGUAUGUCAACCACUGGAAGGAUUUCCCAUAUCCCAAAUUAGAUGCUAACCGGCUCUCUGACAAGAUCUCCAUGUUGUUCCGGUACAUAAUGGAGAAGUGGGCCCCCCAGGCCUCACCGAUGCAUACUUUGGCCAUAAUCAAGGCCCUUGGCCCCACCGUGAGCCUGAUGCUGCAUCGGGAAGACUUUUGUGAAUUCGCGCUGAGCCAAGUAUCCUGGCUCCUCGUUCAGUACCAAGACAAAGAGAGUGAUUUCUACAUCACACAGAGUCUAAAGCAGGUACUCACUGCCACAGUCCUCUAUGACACUCUCCUUCCCAAGAACCUGAGAAGAUCAAUCCUCACCAGUUUGCUGCACCAGAUCUGCAAAGUUCCAGAGCCACCAAUAAAGGAAAACAAACUUGAAGCUUCAAGCUGUUUCCUCAUUCUAGCUCACGCCAACCCUGCAGACCUGCUGGAUUUCUUUGAUGAACAAAUAAGAAGCACCAAUGAGGCCAUUCGCGCAGGAAUCUUAACUCUGUUAAGAUCCACUAUCAAUGCUGAGGAGCCCAAGUUUAGGAAUCACACGACCUCAAUCGAAAAGACAGUCAAACUUGUUAUGAAUGACCUCAGUAUAAAAGUGAGGAAGUCAACCCUUCUUCUCAUCCAAACCAUGUGUGAAAAAGGAUACGUAGAAGCUCGGGAAGGAUGGCCCUUGAUUGAUUAUAUCUUCUCCCAGUUUGCCAUGUCCAACAGGAACCUGGAAAAAGCAAUUAAAUCUAACUCCCAAGAAGAUGAAAAUGGGGAAAAAUCUGUUCAAGAAACAAGCCUUGAGGUCUUAAAAUCCCUGGAUCCACUGGUGAUUGGUAUGCCCCAGGUGCUGUGGCCUCGAAUCCUGACUUACGUGGUACCUGAGGAAUACACAGGAACACUGGACUACCUGUUUAACAUCAUCCGAAUUCUGAUUAUGGCGGAAGAGAAGAAGCGUGAUAAACAGGAGUCAACAGCACUUGUCAUCUCUACAGGAGCUGUGAAACUUCCUUCACCUCAGCAGCUGCUGGCACGACUUCUGGUAAUAUCUAUGCUGGCCAGUUUAGGGCAGUUGUGUGGGGCCGGUGCAAUAGGUCUUCUGAAGAUAAUGCCUGAGAUAAUCCAUCCUAAACUGGUAGAGAUGUGGAAAAGCCGCAUGCCUGUGCUCCUGGAACCUCUGGAAGGAAAUAAUGCCAGCAUCGUGCUGUGGGAAACCAUGUUGUUGCAGUUGCUCAAGGAAUCUUUGUGGAAAAUUAGUGACGUGGCCUGGACCAGCCAACUGAGUCGGGACUUCAGCCUACAAAUGGGCAGUUACUCCAACAGCUCCAUGGAGAAGAAAUUUCUUUGGAAAGCCUUGGGAACUACCUUAGCAUCCUGCCAAGACAGAGACUUUGUGAGCUCACAGAUCAAUGAGUUCCUGGUUACUCCCAGCCUGCUGGGGGACCAAAGAGAGGGAACAACAUCUAUUUUAGGAUUCUGCGCCGAGAACCACUUGGAUAUUGUUUUAAAAGUUCUUAAAACAUUCCAAGAUAAGGAGAAAUUCUUUGUCAAUCGAUGUAAGAGUAUUUUUUCUGGGAAAAAGAGCCUGACCAAGACUGACCUCAUCUUGAUCUAUGGAGCUGUGGCCCUCCAUGCCCCUAAGCAGCAACUUCUAGCCAGGCUUGAUCAAGACAUCAUAGGUCAAAUCCUGCUUCUCUAUGGCCAGUGUUCUCAGGUUCUGGGCAUGUCUGUCAUAAAUAAGGACAUGGAUCUGCAAAUGAGUUUCACAAGAAGUAUCACUGAGGUUGGCAUAGCUGUCCAAGACGCUGAAGACCAGAAGUUUCAGUUCACCUACAAAAAGAUGUUGAUCGGUUUCAUGCUGGACUUGAUAAAGGAUGAACCCCUGAAUACCUUAGCCAGUCCUAUUCGGUGGAAAGUCUUAAUUGCCAUCAGAUACCUAAGCAAACUGAAACCUCCGCUCUCACUAAACGACCACCUGAACAUUCUUGAAGAGAAUAUUCGGAGGCUGCUGCCCCUUCCACCUCUGGCAAAACUCAAAAGUGAGGGCGAAACAGACAAGGACAAGGAACACAUUAAAUUUCUCUACGAACGAUCUAUGGAUGCUCUAGGGAAACUUCUAAGGUCCAUGAUAUGGGAUGACAUUGAUGCACAGAACUGUGAAGAAAUGUUUAACCUUCUUCGGAUGUGGCUUGUUUCCCAGAAAGAGUGGGAGAGAGAGAGAGCGUUCCAAGUCACCUCGAAAAUCCUAACGAAAGAUGUUGAGGCACCACAGAAUUUCAGAAUCGGGUCAAUCCUUGGGCUUCUGGCUCCGCACUCCUGUGACACCCUGGCCACCAUCCGGCAGGCAGCUACUAGCUCCAUCAUUGGUCUGCUCUGUGCAAAAGGCAUUUGCCAGGAGGCAGACAGACUACAAGGCUUGCAGGAAGGGCUGGACUCUCAGGAUGAACAGGUCCAGAUCAGGAUAUCCUCCAAAAUCGCUAAGAUUGUCUGCAAAUUCAUCCCCAAUGAAGACAUUCAGGCAUUCUUGGAGGAAACACUGGAUGGCCUAGAAACUCUCAACCCCAUGUGCACAAGGGCUUGUGGCAUAUGGAUGAUAGCGGCCCUGAAGGAGCAUGGCGCUUUGCUGGAAGAUCAGCUUCUGGAGAUUCUGAGCACCAUUUAUCAUCACAUGCCUGUCCUCAGACAGAAAGAGGAAAGUUUCCAGUUUAUGCUAGAAGCUAUCUCUCAGAUCGCCAGCUUUCACAUGGAUGCGGUCGUUAACAGCCUGCUACAGAAGCCUCUGCCCUUUGACAGGGACACAAAGACGUUGUGGAAGGCAUUGGCUGAAAACCCAGCCUCCAGCAGCAAACUCAUGAGAGCCCUGAUCAGGAAACUGGAAGCCCGGUUAGAGGAUGAUAUAGCUGGGACAGAUGCGAUCUCGGUGGCCUGCGCUAUGUAUGAAGUGAUCUUAACGGGGGCUCGCAUCACUCACUUGUAUCCAGAGCUGUUCACCCUCCUCCUGAAGCUGGUCAGCUGCUCCCUGGGCCAAAAAAUGCCAACGUCUACCCUCAGUCAAAGGCGGCGAGUGAUGCAACUUGGGGAAAGGCAGCAGUUCCCAGACCCUUGCAGACUCUCAACUGCGACUCUGAAAUGCCUGCAAACACAAGCCAUGAAAGAAGGCCUUGCAAAAGAAUCUGAUGAAGGAGACAAUUUAUGGACCCUCCUUAGCAAUCCUGAUACCCAUCACAUAGGCGUGUGUGCACUGGCCAGGAGCAUGGCAGUCUGGCAACAUGGUGUAAUACUGGAUAUCAUGGAACACCUACUCUCAUCUCUCACCUCCUCCUCUGAGAACUACCGGAUAACAGGCAUGGCAUUCUUCUCUGAGCUUAUGAAGGAGCCAAUCCUUUGGAAGCAUGGAAAUCUUCGAGAUGUACUGAUUUUUAUGGAUCAGAAUACCAGGGAUUCCAAUGCUAUUCUGAGGCAAAUGGCUAUCCGAGGCCUGGGCAACACAGCAUGUGGGGCUCCUCACAAGGUGAGGAAGCAUAAGCAGAUAAUGUUAGAAUGUAUCAUCAGAGGCCUGUACCACCUGGCUCGCACGGAAGUCGUCUGUGAAAGCUUGAAAGCUCUGAAAAAGAUCCUAGAGCUGCUCACAGAAAGAGACAUCAGCCUCUACUUCAAGGAAAUAGUGCUACAAACAAGAACGUUCUUUGAAGACUGUGCAAGUGUUUUCCUGUAAUUGUCAGAACACUGAUGCUUCAGUAAAGGGCAGGAGUGAAACAAGUGGCUUUGCCACCAUCGAGACUAUGCCACGCCCACUAUGGCUUGCCACGCCCACCCUGGCUGCGUUAUACCACUUCCGUCCCCUUCUUGCUACACUGCCACCACCAGCAAUCAGUUCACUCAGUGUUGAUCCAUUUCUCUCAACUGAAAACUAAGGACACUGAACUUGACAGAUGUUCCCUAAUUUUCAAGCUAGUUUUGUUGGCCUACCCAGAAAACUCAUCUGUGCUUCUUUCUCUUGUAACUUUGAACACCAUCAGCAAAGUACACAUGUGAGUUAACUUGCUCUUCCUGUCAUAUCACAAGUUGCUCCUUGAAAUCAUUUCCAACUAUGCUGGACCAAAAAAGAAUAAUAAUAAUAAAAUAAAAAUUUCCCAUAACUUCACAUGUUCACAGGAGGGCCAGGCAGUGUAGAGGUUAGGUCUGGUUCUUCCUCCCAGCCCCAUACUCCAAGAAAUAAGACUCAGAAUCAAAAUAUAUUUACAGAUACCUUGGCCAUAUAGCUAGGCUCUUCUAGAUCAUAACAUAAAAUAUCCCAAUCAUUCGAAUCCACAUUCUGCCACAUGGCUGGUUACCCCUCCUCAGGUACCACGCACCUGUCUCAUCACAUCUUCCCAGGUGAAUCUCCUGCGUCUCGUGCUGUCCCAGAAUCCUUUCUGCCUUCUGUAUGUCCUACCUUCUAUUUCCUGCCUCAGCCAGAGGCCAUCAUCAAAUUCAUUAUCAGCAGGAACCAUAUCCAAACAGACAAAAGAUAGUCUUUCUACAAGUCAAGUUUUUAUUUGACCUGAGACUCAAUGCCAAGAUUCCUAUGUAGCUUUUCAUCCCCUUACAAAAGACACUUGGCAUCUUAGAGAUGAGCGCCGGACCCUGUGCAGCUUAGAUGAGACACCCACAGCUUUAGGUUUAAUGAUGCAACCGGCACAUUUUAUGAAAGUGUAUAACAAAUGGGAAUCACCCCGGCUUCCUGCUGCCAACUCUCCUGUUUGUCAUCCUGCAAUCAUAUCUCCCCACAAAGGCAGCGAUCAAGUCUUCAGUUCUAUAACAAAACCGAGUCUAGAGGAUUUCUUUUUUCAAGCUGUGUACGUGUUUAUGAAGAGUCCAUGGAAUACAGAGAGACAAUGACAAGAAUACACCAAUGCUCAGAG